UGAUCCGGUUCUCCUGGGCCCCUGCGGGGACAUGGAGCCGGACUGUACAGAAGCAGCCCGGAUGGUGCUCAACCUCACGGAAAGUCGUAGAGUCCAGAAAGUUUUGUGGCGUCAGGUGUUUGUUCUGGACUCCAUGAUGUCGCUCCUGGAAGGUCUGGAAUCUGUUCAACAACUGAUGACACAGUCCUGCCUUCCGCAGCCUGAGAGCGGGGCUCGCGGCAGGUGGAAGGCUCUGAAGGCAGACAGCAGGUCCGGGUUAGAGGAGACGGAGGUUCUACUCAGAUCUCUGCAGGACCGAGUCCAACAAAUACACAACAGAAGAAACACACUCACACAGCUGGUUCAACAGCUGCACAGCAAGAAGCAGCAGCGUGAACAGCUGGAGGAGUCUCUUCAGAAGGCCCAGGAUGCAUUGCAGUCAUGUGACCAUCAACUGAGCCUGUUGAGGGCGGAGUCAGAGAACGUGCUCGGUCAGCUGAUCGGCUGGCAGCAACUCAGAGAUGAGCUGCAGACGCACCUGUCUGCCGUCCAAGACGUCAUGCAGAUCAACCUGCUGACCUUCAGCCAAUCAGAGCUGUGUGUGGAGCUCAGGCCACGCCCCUCGUGCACCCUGUCGUCCAAUGAGCUGGAGCCGCUGAAGCUGUCAGUCACUUGGAGCCAUGACGACCGCUUCAGACUGCAGGUGAGUGACGGGACGGCCGGUCUGGUGGAGGACUGCCUGUCUGGCCGCCGGGUGGAGCUGAGCACCGCCCUGCUGGAGGUGAUGCAGUGUUACGUGGGGCAGGCCGAGCUGCUGUCAGAGAUCCAGGCGCUGAGAUCCAGCUUCCCCAUCGACUGGCGUCCUGCUCAGCGCCUCCUCAUCUACCUGAAGACGGCGUCGCUGGUGUGUCACCUGGAGGUGGAGGAGGGAUACCCGAGCAGCGGGAAGGCUCGACUGCUGUCAGUGCAGCGAGAUGGACAACCUCUGGACACAUCUGGACUGAAGCCUCCUAACACUGGUCUCAGUCUCACCAACUGGUUGGUGUUUCUCAGCAGCAGUUCGUUCAUCUGACCCACGUUCUGUUGUCCUCACUUCUUCUUUUUUUCCACCCAUUUCUCUUUUUGUCUGCUUUGUCCACUCUCACCUUCAUCUACAUUCAGCUCCUUCUGUCUGUCUGUCAGCUGGAUUUCUUUGUAUUUCUGACAUCAAAGUGUAAAUAAAUCUUUUACAUCGACACCAAACCGACUGCGAAACAUGAUUUCUUAAAUACAAAUAUUGAUUC